UAGGUCUACAAGGCAUAGUGAGACAGUGACAGGAAUUGAGCUUCAGAAGGAGGUUAAAGGGUGUUGGCGGGGAGAGGGCCAGAGAGGAGAUCUCGCUGGGAGAAUGCCCUUCAGUGGGAGGAGCCAGGCUUGUGGGGUUGAGAGCUAGGGGCUCCUUCAGCUUCCAGUUUCCUACGCACCGUCUGUCCCAAAGGGGUCGUCGGGAGUAUGUGAAGUGCGGGGCGCGAGGCUGGCCUCGAGUAGGCCGUCAACCGAGAGUGGUCAAGUGGAGGGCUGGGCGACACAGGAAUGAUGCAACCAGAGAGAAGCUUCCAGGGUUUUGGCUCUAGAUUUAGGCAGAAUUCUUUCCCAUAUGAUGUGAAGCGAGAUGUGUACAAUGAGGAGAACUUCCAGCAGGAGCACAGAAGGAAGACUGCUUCCUCUGGAAACGUGGACAUUGACAUCACCACCUUCAGUCACCAUGUCCAGUGCAGCUGCUCAUGGCACAAGUUCCGAAGAUGCAUGCUUACGGUUUUUCCCUUCCUAGAGUGGAUGUGUUUUUAUCGUUUCAAGGACUGGCUUCUUGGAGACUUACUUGCUGGUAUAAGUGUUGGCCUUGUGCAACUUCCCCAAGGUUCCUUCUUCCUUGUGAGUGCUCUGAUGAUCAAUGUCCUCAGGAUAUACCCAUUCAACAGUGGCCGCCUAGUGCUGGGAACUUUCAUCAGGGACGAUUUUUCUAACUUAUCCUUCUUUGAGGGCUAUAACAAGUCCUUGAGUGUGGUGGCGUCUACGACUUUGCUGACUGGGAUUAUUCAGCUAUCAAUGGGCAUGUUAGGUUUUGGCUUCAUUGUCACUUACCUUCCGGAGGCUGUAAUCAGUGCUUACCUGGCUGCCACGGCACUACACAUUAUGCUGUCUCAGUUGACUUGCAUCUUCGGGAUUAUGAUUAGUUUCAAUUCUGGUCCUGUCUCCUUCGUCUAUAACAUUAUUAACUACUGCAUAGGUCUCCCAAAAGCUAAUUCCACCAGCAUCCUACUAUUUCUAACUGCUGUUGUUGCUCUGAGAAUCAACCGAUGUAUCAGAAUUUCUGUCAAUCAGUACCCCAUCGAGUUUCCUAUGGAAGUUUUUCUGAUCCUUGGCUUCACUGCAUUUGCAAGCAAGAUAAACAUGGCCACAGAAAACAGCAAGAUGCUCAUUGAUAUGAUUCCUUAUAGCUUCCUGUUUCCUGAAACACCAGAUUUGAGCAUGCUUACUGCAGUUAUAUUAGAAUCUUUCUCCUUAGCCGUGGUGAGCUCAUCUCUGCUCGUAUUUCUGGGCAGGAAGAUUGCCAUCUUCCAUAACUACGACGUCAAUUCCAACCAGGAUUUAAUAGCCAUUGGCCUUUGCAAUGUCGUCAGUUCAUUUUUCAGAUCCUAUGUGUUUACUGGUGCUGUUAUCAGGACUGUUAUCCAGGAUAAAUCUGGAGGAAGACAACAGUUUGCAUCUCUGGUAGGCGCAGGUGUGAUGCUGCUCCUGAUGGUGAAGGUGGGACGCUUCUUCUAUGAGCUGCCAAAUGCUGUGCUGGCUGGUAUUGUUCUGAGCAACGCCCUACCGUACCUUGAAACUGUUUACAACCUACCAAAUCUGUGGAGGCAGAACCAAUAUGACUGUAUUGCUUGGAUGGUGACAUUCAUAUCUGCAAUUUUCCUGGGACUGGAUGUUGGACUACUGGUUUCAGUAGCUUUUACCUUUUUCAUCAUCACUGUUCAGUCACACAGAACUAAGAUUCUCCUCCUGGGUCAGAUCCCCAACACCAAUAUUUAUAGAAGCAUCCAUGACUAUCGAGAGGUUACAAACAUUCCUGGGGUGAAGAUCUUCCAGUGCUGCAAUUCCAUCACAUUUGUAAACGUUUACUACCUAAAGCACAAGUUGUUAAGUGAGAUUGAAAUGGUAAGGGUGCCUCUUACAGAAGAAGAAGUUUACGCCCUGUUUAGUCAAAGUGAAGAUGGCUCACAGCAACAGAAGAUUUGUCGGUGUUUCUGCAACUGUGAUGAACUGGAGCCACGGCCCAGGGUUGUUUACACAGAACGAUUUGAAAGUAAACGAGACAAGUACUCAUCCUCCAUUAACCUGAUCCGCUGCUCACGUUUUGAGAGCAUGAACACAAACCAAAGUAUGUCUGAUGAACAAGUACCGUACACAACAUCUUCCAUAUCUCAGGAAAACCCAAUACCAAACUAUGAGGAUGUGGAGAAAGUUUGGCCUUCUGAUAAUUCCUCCAGACUCUUCUCAACACUCCCUGAAGCUUCCGAAUCUCAGGUCAGGGAUAGACCACCCAUGCCUUACUUGGCCUCAUCUCUUCAACCCCUCAUCCACACCAUCAUCCUGGACUUCUCCAUGGUACAUUUGGUGGAUUCACAGGCUUCGGUCGUAUUAAGACAGAUGUGCAAUGCUUUCCAAAAUGCCAACAUCUUGGUGCUCAUUGCAGGAUGUCACUCUUCUGUGGUCAGGGCAUUUGAGAAGAAUGAUUUCUUUGACGCUAGCAUCACCAAGGCCCAGCUGUUCCUCACCCUCCACGACGCUGUGCUAUUUGCUUUGUCAAGGAAGUUGCCAGAGCCCUCUGAGUUAAGCAUGGAUGAAUCUGAGACAGUGAUACAAGAAACCCACUCAGAAACAGACAAGAAUGGAGAAUCAAGGCAUAAAAUGAGCAGCAGUUUUAUCGAAAUCCCCAAAAAUAAAAGUCCAGGUUUCUCUACACUCCAGGAUCCAGUAAGAGAGGAGGAAUCAGAGCUAGACUUGGAGCUGGAUCGCAUUCUGGAGUCAGAACAAGAGCCUGGGCUAGAUCUGGACCUAGACCUGGAUCACGAGAUGGAGCCUGAGUCAGAGCUGGAGCCUGAAUCUGAGAUGGAUCCAGAGACUGAGCCAGAACCUGAGCUCGAAUCCAGGCCAAGGGCUCAGACUUACCCUCAGCAGCAGUACUGGCCUCUGUAUCAGUCUUUGGCUCCCAACUCCGCACCUCAGACUUAGCCUAGGACACAGUCAGAAGACACAUCAGCAUAUGAAUUCAUAGACAUCCGAGGGCAAACCACUGAGGAUCCCUUGGAGAUGAACUAGGAGUAAGGGCUCAGAUUCCCUUGGCAAAUCCUCCCCACCCACUUAGUCUGGAGACCUCAACUAGUUACAACUAGUAGGACUUGCUUUGGGAUUCUUCCACCUGCUGGCCUUCUUCUGCUCAGCACUGGGAUCCCACUCCCAGAUCACAAUACUCAGCACGAAGAAUUGUCUCUGAAUUCCUUAUCCAGGCUCACUUCAUUUCACUUUCAGCAGGUAUUCCAGUGAAGGAUUUCCUUCUUCACACACCACACUUCUUUUGUUGUUUUUUUUUUAGACCAUCUCUCACUUACUUUUUUCAUCUCUGUUCCCCCUUCUACAAAGAGAUGAGGCUCAAAUAAAAUAUAUAACUCUAGUUACAUUUGGACCCCUCCUGCUUCUUCUCCCUUCUUUGCAUUCUGCAGGGAAAUGUCAGGUGGGAGAAAUUCCAGAAGUAGGUAGACAUGGUGGGAAAGAGAUGAGCAAGACAAAAAAAAAAAAAACCAGAUAGCAUUUGUAUUUUAUCUGCAAGUUAUCUUCACUGCAUUGACACAGCGGGAAAUAGGGGUAAACAGGCAGGUGAAGUUAGAUCAGCCUGUGAGGCUUGUAGUACAAAGAAGUGUUAGGCUGAAAGCGCUUUUGCCAUCACUCCAAGGUCAGGAUCUUAUCCUGCCACUGUUUCAGAAGGCCAGUGAGCUGUACCAACCAAUGAGACUUGUUAGCUCUAAAGAAUUCUCCUUGGCCUUCAGAUUCACAAUCGCCAUCUUCUUUCUUAUAGGUUUUUAAGAUAUGGGUAAUCUAGAAUCUGUACUCUCGGUAGACCAAACUUAGUUAAAAAUCUGUGACAUACACAAAACCCUUAGGAGUCAAAGAGGUCAGUCAGUACUGGUUUGGUCCAAAUCCAUUUUUUAAAUUUCCCUCUUAUCCAUUAAAAAAGUAUCUAGUAUUAAGGUACAAUCUGAAGAGAAAAUAAACCCCUGGGCAAAAGUAUAUGGAAUCCUGAACUUUAUUUCCCACUUAGUAAACAAGAUUCCUCUUGCCUGGGCAAUCAAUUUCUCUCAUCUGUUAGAUGAAAGAAAUCCUUGUUAAAAUAUAAAUAUCUCUUAUCACAGAGAUAGUGUGUGCAUUCACUCACUCUCCAUUUACUAAGUGACUGCUACAUAUGUAGCACUUGGGUUGUUUCCAGUUUUGGGCUGUUAUAAGUAAGGACGCUAUGAACAGCAAUGUAACAGUCUUUGUAUGAACACUUCAUUUCUCUUAGGAAUAGAAUGGCUGAGACAUAUGGUAAGUGUAUAAUUAACAUUUAAAGAAUUUUCCAAACUAUUUUCAAAAUGUUUGUAUUAUUUUGUAUUCCUGCCAACAGUGUGUGAGAAUUUAGUUCCUCCAUAUUUUGUCAACACUUGUUAUGAUCAGUCUUUUUAAUUUGAAACCUAAUCAGUAUGCAGUUAUAUCUCACUGUAGUUUAUCUCUAGCUGCUUUUAAAGUUUGCUCUUUAUUACCAGUUUGAAAUGAUUGGAUUAUGGUAGACUUUGGUGUCUUUGAUCACUUAUGCUUUGUUAGGUGAGAUGAGAGCAUCACUUAGCGUAGGGCUAAUUUUUCCCCAAAACCGAAACAAAUUCUUUCUGAAAACUCUAUCCAAUUCUCCGAAUAUUGGACUUAACAUAAUCAGAGGAGCCUCAUGCUUUAAUUAAUUUUGUGUUAUUUUAUAAAUCUGCGGAUGGAAACUUUUUUGAACUCGUGGUAUAAAUUUGUUAAAGUACAGUUUUUUGUUGUAAGAAUAACACUGCUCUUUAAUGAAAAUCUAUAAAAUACAGAAAAGCAGGGGGAAAAAAGAAUAUCCUGUACUUCCAUUUCCUAGAGAUAAAUUCUGUUAACAUUCUGGGGUAUUUCUUUUACUUUACUAGAAAGCAUACUAAUGAAGUGAUUCUUCCCUCCCAA